AUAUACGGGAUAUUUCAAUAGACAUGUUGUUUGUAAUAUAGUUAUUAAACUGUAAAAUAAAAUUAUUAUUAUUAUAAUCAUUACCAUCGAUAACCAAAAACACGUGUUUAUCAUUUGAUCACCCAUUGAAUUGAUCCACAAUUGUCACUAAACAACUACAACAUAAAAGUUAAUCAAUUAAUUUAAUUAAAUUUUUUUUAAGAAAAUUUCAAUUUUUAAAUUACCGAUCAAUUUAAUUAAAUGCCGGCCAUCGGUGGUAACGUUUACGGUCAACAACAUCGGUCACAGCCGUCGUGUUGGGAUCGAGUCAAGUAUGGCUUUGCAAUGGGAAUGUGUGUCGGCGUCGCUUCCGGCGGUGUUUUCUGCGGUAUUAACGCACUCAGGUUAGGACUUCGUGGCCGUGAAUUACUGACAUCGAUGGCCAAAGUGAUGCUUCAGGGCGGCGGUACUUUUGGCACUUUUAUGUCCAUCGGAACGGCCAUUAGGUGCUGAUAUGAUGAUAUAUAUAUAUAUAUAGUUUUUUUGUGGAUCAGAUAAUUAGGUUAAUUAACAAUAAUUAUCCGUAAUAUUACAUUACAUACCCUUUUUUUACCGUACAUUUUAGCUUAAAAUUAAUAGUAUAGAAGUUACAGUCAAAUACAAUAAUUUG